AUGAUUAUGAGAGAUAACUAUCCAGUCUCGCCCCCCAGCGACUACGAUACCACAUACACAUCGAUAUCCACCAUCCCGCCCGACCAGAAGAAAGCCCACGUCGGCGUCAUGGCCGAGGAAAUGGUCCCGUCGCUGCCGGACGCGUCGGUCAAGAUUCAGGGCGCCUACCGUCGCACCAGAUCACCGCCUCGCAACGACCAGGGCCAGAUGUUCUGCGACCACAUCAACUGUCGUGGCAAGAGCCAGACAUUCAAGCGCGUCUGCGAGUGGAACAAACACAUGGACAGACACGAGAGACCAUACAAGUGUCGUGAGGCAGGCUGCGAGUUGAACCCCGGAUUCACCUACUCAGGCGGGCUCCUGAGGCACCAAAGGGAAGUGCACAAGAUGCAUCUGUCCACCAAGCAGCCACUGUUCUGUCCGUUCCCCAACUGCAACCGGAGUUCAGGCACGGGAUUCACCAGGAAGGAAAAUCUCGAGGAGCACAAGCGCCGGAGACACCUGGAGGAGUUGUCAGACCAUGGCGUACCACCGCACCACGAAGCGAUCUCGCAGCCUGCCGCGAGUAUGACGGCGGCGACGAGCUCAAACAUGCCUCAGGAACCGGCGGCCAAACGGCGAAGGAUCUCGACGGCGACAGAAGUACAGGGGCUGGCGCAACAGCAACAGCAACUUCUAGGCAACGAGGUGGCAUCGAAUACUACGAUUGACAACAUUGUCGGAAGCGCCGAGAGCCAAUUGAUCCAGCAUCUCCGGGACGAGCUGAGGCAGAAAGAGGAGUUUAUUCGCCGCCAGGCAGCAGAGAUCCAUCGCCUGCAGAACCUGUUACGCAGUUUGCCACCUCAGGCGAUAUACCAUAUGCAAAACCGGAUGCCUGGCAGUGGCGUCGGAUGA